CGGGAGGAUGUGGCCGGACGAGGCGGAGAGGCUUUUGAGUCUGUCAAACUAGAGGAGAGGAGAGGAGAGGUCAGAGCGAGGAGGAACCACAGCGGCCUUGACGCUUCACGGUCAAGUUCAGUGAAACAACAACUCCAGAAGACAACAAGUUGGCCCCAGAAACCUACAUACACAUGCGGUGGUUGUGCGUGUCUGUGAGCGGUGGUGGCGGUGUGCCCAGCGACGUCCAGUGAUGGCAGUCGGAGAAAGAUGCGGCCCGGAUGUCCCCCUGUGAUUACUGUGAGGCUUGCAAGUGUGAGACAAGAGCAUGACAUCAUUACCUGAAAAGAUCUCUCUGCUCAUUGUGGUAUUCAUAUGUCUGACUGUGAGCUUCAUUUACCUUGGCAAUCAGGGUUCUUCGCUGCUCGUUGUCAACAAACCUGAUUCCAUGCAAGAGAAAUCGUUGUCAGUUAAGCCGAUUGAUCUCUUAGAACGAGGAGUCUUCAUUGAGCGCCAGGACAGACUGCAGAGGGAAUGUCAAGCUUACAAAAGAAGGCAAAAUGCCUUGCAACUCAAUGCGUCUCAUUACACUCCAGAGUCCAUUUGGGACAACAAAGAAGUAUUGGAGCAUAUUAUUGUCGAUCAAAAGCAUCAGCUCCUGUACUGCUACGUUCCAAAGGUUGCAUGCACAAAUUGGAAACGCACUCUCUUGUAUUUAUCCGGAACCUCAAAUGUCACAAGAUCGCUGGACAUUCCCGCAGACUUUGUUCAUAGAACAGGAGUUUUUCCUAAAUUAGCAAAUUUUACUAUAGAGGAUGCUACUCAUAUGUUAAGAACAUAUACCACUUUUUUAAUCGUUCGACAUCCAUUUGAACGCCUUCUUUCAGCCUAUCGAAACAAAUUGGAACAGCAAUAUUCAAGCUCAAAAUAUUUUCAGACUCGCUUUGGCAGACACAUUGUCAAGACAUACAGGAAAAACCCAUCCAAUCACUCGCUUCUACAUGGAGAUGAUGUUACCUUCUCUGAAUUUGUCACAUAUUUGACUACAGAAAGUGGACCAGAAGGUGAAUACAAUGAACACUGGAAACCAAUUCAUCAGCUUUGUGCACCAUGUGCACUUCGUUAUGACAUCAUUGGCAAGUAUGAGACACUUUAUGAAGAUGCAGACUACUUAUUGCAUCAGUUAGGAGAGUCACCAUCUGCUUUUCCUCGAUUUGCAAGACCCUCAAACACUACCGCUACUCUUGGCAAAUAUUUUGGCUCCUUGACGGUUGAUCUUCUUCGCAAAAUAUACUCAGUCUAUGAGAUUGACUUCCGUCUCUUUGGGUAUAAUCUCCAAGAGUUUUUGGGUUUUGAAGUAGAUUGAAAUACAAUAUAUUGUCCACAUGUGAUAUUAGUUUCAAAUAAAUUAUAAAUCAGGGAACUCUCAGGUAUAAUAAUAUAGGAGUUACUUUAAGAAAGGCCUCUGCUCUGUUGGAAGAUUUUCAAAUUAUACUUCUAGAAUCCUUUGAUAAAUUCAAUAACUCUUAUGUACGCAUAUGAACUGUAAUUGACUGUGAUUCACUGCAUUGUGCUUGACUGAUAAUGUUAAGAUUGAUUAUAUUAUAAAGAGAUUUUUACUAUAUAGAUGUCUAUGCACCUUUGAAAAUGAAACCAUAAAGAAGUAUGUUAAUAAAUUUUAUUAUUAUUAUAA